CACAGCUAUCCUUGGGGUGCAGCGACCUAGAGUCCCACAGAAAAACACCAAUUCGCUCCAUCCCAGAACAAAUGUUUAACCGGAUGUACAAGGUCAAUAUUUGCUGAAAGGGAAAAAUCUUCAAAUAAGGGGUGGUGCUGAAGGUCAUGCCUGUCACUGCCUGGCAAGCGUGGGCUGGACAAGGGGCUUCAUCUGUCCCAUGCAGAGCCAUCGGCUGGGUAGAGAGGGUGUCAGCACCAACAGAAAUGCUUAGCAAACCGAGAAAUACGGCGAUGCUGCUCUGGGGUCUGCUGCUCUGCUUGUCCACUCUGCACGAUAGCCCACGGUUUCCUUUGGCACAUGCCCUUGAGAUGGAGACUCCCCCCCACGACGACGCUGCCCAGCAGGAGAGCCCUGAGGGCCCUGCAGUGAAAAAUGACACCAGCAUAGAGAAUCCGGAGUGGGAUCCCUCAGCACUACAGUGGACCAGUCAGCACUCUGAAGAGGCUGGAGCCUUAGAAGGCGAUCCACAGUUUGUUCCCACCACCACUCUUCUGCCAGUAGUGGAUCCAACCCUGCCAAAUGCUGCAGUGUCAGAUUCCACCUCUGACACCUGGGAAGACAUCCAUGGGCCUACACUGCCACUUCCUACCACUACCAGCACCACAAGCCCUGGGGCUGGCCUCACAAGCUCAGAGGGCCAUCUUGUCACCAGGACAGUAGGAGAUCACAAGCAGGUGCUGGAAGGGCAAGAAGUUGAUUCCUCUGAAGAGGAGGAAGAAGGUCAAGAGAGAGGCUGUGACAUGUCUCAAGAGCAGACACACAGGCUAGCAGAAGGUCUGAUGAAAUUCACCAUCGAUCUCCUGACAGAGGUCCAGCUGGAGACCAGCAGACCCAAUGUGAUCCUGUCUCCCCUCAGCAUCACCCUGGCAUUGUCCCAGCUGGCACUAGGAGCAGCAAACCAGACGGAGAAACGCCUGCUGGAGGCACUGCACCUGGAAUCAGUGCCCUGUCUCCACCACCUGCUGAGCAGCAUUCGCAGGCGGCUCACAGGAUCCAUGCUCAGAGUAGCUUCACGCGUCUAUCUGCAGAAAGGGUUUGAGGUUAAAGAGAAAUUCUUGGAGAACUCAGAGCAAUUCUAUGGGGCAAAGCCUGUGACCCUGUCUGGGAACAAUGAAAAUGACCUCAUAGCCAUAAACAAGUGGAUAAAGGAGGCUACUGAAGGGCAGAUAUCCACCUUCCUGGAUCAUCUCCCUGCGAGGACUGUGAUGCUCCUACUCAAUGCUGUCCACUUCCAAGGAUUUUGGAGGCAUAAGUUUGACCCCAGCCAGACUGGGCCAGAUAUAUUCCACCUUGAUGACCAGUUCAUAGUUCCCGUUGAGAUGAUGAAAGCUCAGAAAUAUUCCCUGAGCUGGUUUACUCUGGAUCCCCUGGAGGUUCAGGUAGCCAGGUUUCCCUUUAAGGGCAACAUGAGUUUUGUGGCCAUUGUCCCAAACCAGUUUAAGUGGAACGUCUCCCAGGUGCUGGUGAACCUCAGCCAUGACAAGCUUCACAGCCGUUUCCUCAAGGAGAAGCCCACCAUGGUAAAGAUGCCCAAACUGCAUGUAGAUUACCAGCUUGAACUCAACCAAGUCCUCAGCCAACUAGGCCUCGGGGAGUUGUUUUCAGCCCCAGACCUGCAGAAGAUCACAGAUGAGCCUCUCUUUGUAUCCAGCAUCCAGCACCAGUCCACCCUGGAGCUUGCAGAAGAUGGCGUGGAGGCAUCAGCUGCCACCAGUGUCAUGAUGUCUCGUUCACUCUCCACUUUCAGCCUCAACCAACCCUUUCUCUUCAUCAUCUUUGAGGAGACAACGGGCAUCCCACUCUUUGUGGGCAGCAUCCAGAACCCCAACCCCAAUGCUGCCAAACAGAGAAAAGAGCCACAGGACUUGCCUAACCUGAAAAAUGCCAUCAAAAAUAGUAUCCCCAAAUAA